GUUAACGUGUACGGCAUGUGUGCCUGGUCGAGAUCGUAGUAAUCCAACAAACGUAUGACUUUUGUCAAUUAAACUCUUAUUCAGCGUCGGCUUGAACCUAACCUCUCUUCGAAUUAUUUCGUUGACUGUUACGCACCGCUGAAAAAAACUUUACUAUCGUUUGGAGCAUUUUAAAGGGAAAAGUAAACGAAUAUGUUAAAGUGUCCGAGAUUAUUUGUAAAUCACAUAAAGGCGUUAGCAACGCCUUCUCUGCUUGACACAGCGGAUUCAUUAUCGCAACAAACUCGAAAUACUUUCAUUCUUAAAAGAAGGUAUCCUAUAAGGCUCUACAAAAAGAAUCAAAAGCGUCAUAACUUCAAGAGAAGGGACUUCAUUUACGACCUUGUUGAGGAUACAAAUAUAAGAAAGAAGGAGCCAGUCAAAAUGAUUUUGACGCAGUACGUAAAAGGACUUGGUAAUGCGGGAACCCAAGUAUCAAUGUCUCCAGGCUUGGCGUAUUAUCAGCUCUUGCUGCCACGAUUGGCGGAUUACGCCACUCCCGAGAACAUUGAGAGAUACACGAAGUUGGCGAAGGAUUUGGGAGACCGGACGCCGUUCAGCUCUGCUACUGUCGAGAACAUGAUAAAAUACUUGUCGGAGAUGCGACUAAUAGUGGAAGUAUCAAAGGAAAUACCCUGGACAUUAGAGAAGUGGCACAUAAAGGCAAACUUUCGUAAAUCCGGUAUCCAUGCUCCGGAAGAGACUAUAACGAUGCCCGAGAGACCGAUAUCCGGGCCAAAUCCGGAUUUAGAGGGGAAGGAGUUUUACGUGACACUUACGAUUAAUAAUCGCGAGCAAGCGAAGGUGAGAUGUUGUCUACACCAUUGGUCACCGAUCCUACAGAUACAGGACAUGGAACUUUUGAGCACACCGGGCGAACCGAUAUUCUCCGAGGACAAGCCAAUCUUAGACUCCAUGCCAGCCUUUCGGGUAGAGAAGAAGACGUGAACGUAGAAUUUGUUGUAUAUUACGUUGUAAAGAGAAAUAAAUAAACCUAACGAAGGAUACGUGUGAA